AUGCCGAGAUGUGCUCGCUUGUCCUGGGGCCUCGCCAGUGACCCUGAGCGUGGGCAGUGCAGCCAUGUCUACCCUCCCCAUCUCGGCACGCUACAAAUCAUUUACGGCAAUGGCACGGCUGUGGGUACGGUGAUAAUGUUCCAGUGCUCUGCCGAGCACCAGCUGGAGGGACCGGGCGUCAUCACCUGCAUUUGGAAAGGGGACGGUACCCAGUGGACAGCCGGAGUGCCCUCCUGCAAGCCCAUAUCAAAAUAUGAGACUUUUGGAUUUAAGGUCGCAGUGAUUGCCUCCAUCGUGAGCUGUGCCAUCAUUCUGCUGAUGUCAAUGGCUUUUUUAACUUGUUAUCUUACCAAGUGUGUGAAGAAAAGUGAAAGGAGGAGGACUCAAAGAGAUAUGCAGCUGUGGUACCAGCUCAGAACUGAAGAACUAGAGCACAUGCAAGCUGCUUACUUUGGUUUUAAGGGAAGAAACAAUAACAACAACAAUAAGAAACUCAGGAAUAAAUCCGUAUUUGAUGAUGCGACUAACACGGCAUAUGACAAUCAAGGCUUCUACAGGGUCCAGGAGGAGUGGACUCGGGACAUCAUAGCUCCUGGGUGUUGCAAAGACACUGACCAUCUGCCUAAGUUAACCAAGAGCAGCAGUGCACCUGUGAAACAAGCUGUACCAGGACACAACACUGCGGUACAGACAGUCAAUUCAAUACAUGUUGUUGAAGUCUAUGGACAUAAGGAUAGUUAUAACAAACCGAGCUGUCAGAUACCUGGAUAG